UGAGUGAUUAGUGUUGGAUUAACGUCACUACGACGUUUAUUGACUUUGCUAUUGCCAUCUCACCCUCUCUUUCAAAUCACCCUCUCCCUUAUUCUUCUUUCUUUCUCUCUCUCUCUCUCUCUCUAGCUCUCUCAAGCUUCUGCUGCCAACCAAUCUCUGCAAUGGGUUGUGCUGGAUCCUCACAGUCCAAGCCUGAUGGGGCAGCGAAAAAGAUCCGGAAGCCUAAGCCUUGGAAGCAUCCUCAGCCAAUAACAAAGACUCAGCUAAUACAACUGCGCGAUGAGUUCUGGGACACAGCUCCCCACUAUGGUGGCCGUAAAGAGAUUUGGGAUGCUCUUCGAGCUGCUGCUGAGGCUGAUCUAACUUUAGCACAAGCGAUUGUGGAUAGUGCCGGGGUUAUUGUCCAGAGUUCGGAUUUGACAGUAUGCUAUGACGAAAGAGGAGCAAAGUAUGAACUACCAAAGUAUGUAUUGAGUGAGCCAACUAACCUGAUUCGGGACAGUUAAAUAACAGACAUUAUAAAUAGUAACAUUGAAUGAUGAGAAAGCUAUAUUGUAAAUCAAUGUAUAUUAUGAUGAUCUCAUUGAUUUGGUAACUUUGCAUAGAGUAGUAGCAACUGUUAUUUUCCCUUUCCAACUGCAACUCACCUUUGACAACUGUCUGCUUUUAUGUUUCCUCAAUCAAUUGAGCAAAUUUCUUUAA